AUGCGUGCGUGGGCAUAUGGCGUGCGUGGGUGUACUAGCCAAUUACAAGCCCAGCUGUUGGCGCUUCAGAAUCUUACUGCUAUGUCACAAGCGCCUUCUCCAACUGCAACAUUAUCACCCGCUACUGCAACACUAUCACAAGGUACUACAACAUUACCACAAUCAUUUGCUGCAGCUGCUGCUGCAGCUGCAGCAGCGGCUGGAAAUAUUAUCAAUCCUUGUGGUAACGGAGGAGGAGGAGGAGGAGGAGUUAAUGCAGUACUACAAAAUCACAGAAAACGUGCCUUGGAAGAAGAACAAGCUGCUGCUGCUGCAGCUGCAGCUGCUGCAGUAGUUGCUAGUAAUGGUAGAGCAUCAGCAUCACAACAGUUCGAUCAGAAUCCUUUUCUCCUUGCUGCUGCUGCUGCUGCUGCUGCGGUACCGAUUUUUUCAGCAGGUACUGUACCAUGUAAACGUCCAGCAGCUGAAAAAAGUGGUGUUCCAGUGUAUGCAAACGGUGCUACUGCGCAACUUGCAGCUGCGGCUCAAAUUCCGCAAGCUACGUUCAACCCGUAUUUGAUUCCUGGUAUCGGAUAUAUGCCAGCUGUUUCAUAUUAG